AUGGGUCAGUGGAAAUGGUUUGCAUUCAUUUUUCUACUUUAUCCAUGUUAUGCAGCUAACAGUUCUAUGGUGACACUUGUUAAUGGAGGAUAUGAGGAUAUUGUGAUUGCAAUUAAUCCAAAUGUAACUGAGGAUGUCAAGAUUAUUGAAAGCAUUAAGAAUAUGGUGAAUGAAGCCUCCAAUUAUCUAUAUAAAGCUACACAACAAAGGCUCUUCAUAAGAAAAGUAAAAAUACUAAUUCCUACUACCUGGUCAAAACUUUCCAACUACACAAAACCAAAAACAGAAACCUAUGACAAGGCAGAUAUAAUUAUCGCUAAUCCUUUUCUGAAAUAUGGAGAUGAACCUUAUACUUUGCAAUAUGGAGGCUGUGGGGAACCAGGGAAAUAUAUUCAUUUGACUCCAGCAUUUAUGGUGGAUGACAGACUAAGCAAAGCAUUUGGCCCACGAGGAAGAGUGCUUGUCCAUGAAUGGGCUCAUCUUCGAUGGGGGGUAUUUGAUGAAUAUAAUAAUGAAGUACCUUUUUACAUAUCUGGACUUCGUUCAAUAGAAGCCACAAGGUGUUCUCUUAAAAUUAGUGGUGUUACCAAAACUCAGGACUGUGUUGGAGCUUCCUGCACGACAAGGGCAUGUAACGUUGAUGCCACCACAGGCCUUUAUGAAGAAGGAUGUUCUUUUGUCCUUGAUAAGAACCAGCUUACUCAGGAAUCCAUUAUGUACUCACAGUCGCUAACUUCUGUAUCUAAGUUCUGUGAUGCAAGCACACAUAAUAUAGAGGCUCCAACCUUACAAAACAGAAUGUGCAACUUGCGCAGUACUUGGGAGGUCAUCAUGAAUUCCACUGACAUUACAUCUACUCCUCCAUCAAGUAACCCAUCUGUACCUGCUCCUCCUAUGUUCUCCCUAUUGCAGCCCGGCGACAGAGUCAUCACGUUAGUACUUGAUGUUUCAGGAAGCAUGGCCACUAGUAAUCGCAUAGGACGACUCUAUCAGGCUGCAGAAGUCUUCCUUAUUGAGAUCAUUGAGCUGCAUUCUUAUGUUGGAAUUGUCCAGUUCCAGAGUUCAGCAUCAAUCAGUUCAAAUCUAGUGAAAAUAGUAAAUGGAGCGAGUCGUGAACAGCUCAGAAAACUUCUUCCAAAAAGUGCAGGGGGAGGAACAAACAUCUGCGCAGGAAUUCGGUCUGGAUUUCAGGUCAACGGUCGACACAAUGGCACAACAUACGGUUCUGAAAUUAUCUUAUUAACAGAUGGAGAGGACAAUUUGGAUACCACACUUUGCUUUCCUGAAAUAAGAAACAGCGGUGCGGUUAUACAUACAAUCGCUGUGGGACCAAGCGCAUCGUCAGCACUUGAAGAAAUUUCAAAAAUGACUGGAGGGUUAACGUUUUUAGCAACAGAUAAAGUGGAUGCUAAUGGUUUGAUUGACGCUUUUUCUGGAAUAGCAUCAGGAAGUGGAGAUAUAUUUAAACAGGCUAUUCAGCUGGAAAGCGCUGGAUUAAACCUUGGACCAAAUAACUGUUUGAAUGGCACUGUUCACAUUGACAACACUGUGGGGAAUGAAACGUUUUUCCUGGUUACUUGGCAAAGUGCAGUGCCAGGUAUCAAUUUACAAGACCCGAAUGGGAGAAUAUACACGGCUGCAAGCUUCUCCACUGACCCUACUUCCAAAUCAUCUAGACUGGAAAUCCCUGGAACAGCAGAAAGAGGAGCUUGGAAUUACAGUCUUUGUAACAAAUAUUCAGGAAACCAAGCCAUAGGCAUUACCGUGAACUCCAAGGCAGCUGAUGUAAAUGUGCCACCAAUUACUGUCAAUGCCCACAUGAACCGAGACACAAACCAGUACCCAAGUCCAAUGGUCGUUUACGCAUCAGUGAGUCAAGGUCUUCUGCCAGUGAGGGGAGCAAAGGUGACAGCGACUAUUGAGCCAGUGACGGGUAGUGCUGUCACUCUUGAGCUUUUGGACAAUGGAGCAGGUGCUGAUAUUGUAAAGAAUGAUGGCGUAUACUCUAGGUAUUUUACUGAGUUCACGGAUAAUGGACGAUAUAAUUUAAAGGUUCGGGCUGAAAGCAAACAGAAUAGAAGCCGUCUAGCUUUCCCGAUGAGUCGUGCUCUCUAUGUGCCUGGCUAUGUGGAAAAUGGUGUAGUGGACAUGAACCCACCAAAACCUGUAAUCAGUGACAAUGACAUUGCCCUUGACUUGGGAGCUUUCAGUAGAACGGCAUCAGGAGGAUCUUUUGUGGUCUCUGCUGUACCUCCUGGUCCACAACCUGACAUCUAUAAACCAGAGAAAAUUACUGACUUAACAGCAAAAAUUAACGAAUCCACAAUUGUGUUAUCCUGGACAGCAACUGGGGAUGACCUGGACCAAGGAAAUGCAUCAAGAUACGACCUUAGGAUGAGCACCAGUCCUAAAGAACUCAGAGAUAGCUUCGAAAAUUCUACUUCAGUGGACAUUUCCAGUUUAAAACCACAGUUGGCCGGAUCCAGCGAAACAUUUACCUUUGUUCCUGAAAAUAUUGUUAUAGCAAAUGGCACCAUCCUAUAUUUUGCUCUGAUUGCAUUUGAUGAAGUGCCACAAAAAUCUGAUUUAUCUAAUAUAGUACAGGCGGCUCUUCUUAUCCCUGCAGCUUUAGAAACCACAACUAAACCACCUACUACACCAUUUUCCAACACUAAUAAACCUAAUGAUAAUUCUAAUCAAAUUAACAUAACACAUCUGGCACUGAUUAUAUGCUCAGCAGUAAUUAUAAUUUCUAUUAUCAUAAGCGUUACUGUUUGUAUCGUGAGUUGCAAAAGGAAAAAGAGAAAUCCUGAAAUUAAAUUGUGA